AUGGCGUUUUCUAGUUCCAGCAAACCAAUAAAUAACAAUGAAACUCCAAAAGAUUAUGAGGUUCCUGAAUCACCUCAAGAUGGUAUAUCAUCAAUCACAUUUUCACCAGUAGCAGAUUACUUCGCUGUAACUUCAUGGGAUAAUAAUGUUCGAAUUUAUGAAGCAAAUUCACAAACUGGCUCUACUACUGGAAGAGCUAUGUACUCACAUGAAAAACCUGUACUUUGUUCAGCAUGGAGCAAAGAUGGUACAAGAGUAUUUUCAGGUGGUGCCGAUAAUGCUGGUCGUAUGUUUGACGUUGCUACACAAACAGCAAUUCAAAUAGCUCAACAUGAACAACCAAUAAAGUGUAUUAAAUAUCUUGAUACAAACAACGUUAUAUUAACUGCCAGUUGGGAUAAAAUGCUUAAGUAUUGGGAUUUACGAUCGUCACAAUCUAUUAUGACUGUCAACUUACCUGAACGUGUUUAUGCUUUGGAUUUAAUGUACCCAAAUCUUGUAGUAGGAGUUGCUGAUAGACGUCUCUUGUACUAUAAUCUUAAUAAUCCUCUUCAACAUAUAAAGGAUGUUACAAGCACCUUGAAGUUCCAAACACGUUGUAUAACAUGUUUUCCAUCUGGUACUGGAUAUGCUAUAGGAAGUAUUGAAGGAAGAGUAGGCAUACAAUAUUUUGACGAGAAAGAGAACCAAGAUGGGAACAAUAUCUACGCAGUUAAUGCCAUAUCUUUUCACCCAUUGCAUGGUACAUUCUCAACUGCUGGAAGUGAUGGAUCAUUCAACUUUUGGGAUAAAGAUUCAAAAUCGCGUCUUAAAGGAUUUGCCAGCGUUGGCACUUCAAUUACUGCUUCUGAUUUCAAUAGCACUGGUGCAAUUUUUGCUUAUGCUGUGAGCUAUGAUUGGAGUAAAGGAUAUCUUCAAUAUCCACAACUUCCCUCAAAAAAUGCAGUCUACUUGCACGCUGUAAAAGAUGAUGAUAUUAAACCAAAAAUACCAAGAAAACGUUAA